AUGCCACUGUCGUGCACCUCCCUGUUGCAGCCUCUGGUGAAGGAAGAGUCUUUAAGUCGGGGGGCUGUCCUUCCCCCAGGGUUCCCACUUACAGGCUCGCCACCACUCACGUGGUCUGCACACAGCAGCCGCCAGCAGCCCCCUCAAGGACCGCCCCUGUUUAACACCCUUCAGUGGCUGGCUCUCGGCUCACACGUGAUCAUGCCCCAGCCUUUUGGCCAGACACCAAAGUGCCAUGCUCAUACAGUCCUAUGCCGCAGCCGCCAUCUUUGUUUUGUGCUGAAAGUCGCUAUUGACGCCCGCGGACGGCCGGGCGAGGGGAAGUGGCAAGAUGGCGGCUCCCAGAACGGAGGCGUGGAGGCGCGCUUCGGCAGCAACAGAGCUGGGCACGCCUGUGCCUGA